AUGUCAGUUUUCGGGGUUAGGGUUGUUUAUGGCUGGAUCUGGGCUCCCUGGGGUCCUCUCAACGUUCUCCAAUUCCGCACCCUCCCCCAGCCCAGCCACUCCUACGCCGGCCGCACCGCCAUCGUGACAGGCGCCAACAGCGGUCUGGGUCUCGAAGCAGCGCGCCAUUUGGCACGUCUGGGCGCGGCACGUGUGAUUUUGGCGUGUCGGGACGAGGAGAAGGGGGAGGGGGCGAGGAGGGAUAUCGAGGGGUCUAUCUCUGCGUCUUCUUCUACCCCGGAUUCCGGGGCAGAUGGUGACGAAGCCUCAGGUUCCGGAGCUAAAACGGUGAUCGAGGUCUGGCCGGUGGAUCUCUGUUCGUUUGAGAGUGUGCGGGCGUUUUGUGAACGUGCGGAGCGGGAGUUGGAGCGGUUGGAUGUGUUGCUGGCGAAUGCGGCGGUGUUGUCGAUUCGGCCGGGGACGAUGGUGGAGGGGUAUGAGAGGCAGGUUACGACGAAUGUGAUUUCGACGUUUUUGAUGAUUUUGGCGCUGUUGCCGGUUAUGAAAAGGACGGCGGCGAAGUGGAAUGUGGAGAGUGUGGUUACGGUCGUGUCUAGUGAUGCGCAUGGUUGGACCCCCUUCGGCGAACAAGACGAACCGCAAAUCUUCGAAGCCUUCCGUCCCGGCGGCCUCAUGAACGACCGCUACGCCACCACCAAACUCCUCGACCUCCUCCUCGCCCGCGAACUCGCCGCCCGCCUCGACGCCGCCGCCCAGCCCAACCCCGAAACCAACCCCAUCAUCGUCAACGCCGUCAACCCAGGCCUGUGCAAGUCAAACCUGUUCCAGGACCUGGUCUCCUUCGGCCAAUUCGUGGUGUCCGUGGGAACCUUCUUUGUCGGACGCACUAUUGAGCAAGGGUCCCGGGCGCUGAUGGCGGGUGUGGAAGGGGGUCGGGCGAGUCAUGGGAAGUAUGUGGACAGCGGGGUGAUUGGGGAUCCGAGCCCGUUUGUGUUGUCGGAGAAGGGGGCCGCUGUGCAGAGGAAGGUGUGGGAGGAGUUGAUGGGGAUUUUGGAGGGCAUUUGGCCGGGGGUUACGGCGAGCGUUACGCAGGUGCCUUCGCUGCUGUGA